AUGGGAGGAUGCCUCUCCAAAAGCAAGCCAGUUGAGGUGAAGGUGGAGCUAACCCUUCUGGGCAAAGAAAAGGAUCCAGGUGUGAAGUCCGCCAAUGGAAAGGCUAGCCCCUUUUCUGACUGCAGACCCAACGGAGCACUGGAACACUGCUCCGAUGAGGACUCCGCCGCUGCCGCCCCCCUCAGGCUCUACAAACCCCGUGAUUACCUGGAGGCCUCCGUGUGUCAUGUCAAGGACCUGGAAAAUGGACAGAUGAGAGAGGUUGAUUUGGGAAGUGGCAGAGCGCUGCUCAUUAAAGAACAUGGAGAGUUUUCUGCAAUGGGGCACAAGUGCCCGCAUUAUGGGGCACCACUGGUCAAAGGUAUCUUGUCCAAAGGCCACGUGCGUUGCCCCUGGCAUGGAGCUUGUUUCAACAUCGUUACAGGAGACAUUGAGGAAUUUCCUGGGCUUGACAGCCUGCCCACCUUCCAGGUCCGAGUUGAAAAGGACAAAGUGAUAAUUCGUGCUAACAAACAGGAUCUUCAGUCACAGAAGAGGUCAAAAGCAAUGGCCCGAUGUUCAGCAGUUAACUCCAGCACUGGCUUUAGCCAGGUCCUUAUCGUUGGAUCAGGUCCAGCAGGGCUGGUGUGCGCUGAGACAUUGCGACAGGAAGGCUUCACUGAUCGCAUUGUCAUGUGCACCAUGGACAAACACCCACCCUAUGACAGGCCUAAACUGAGUAAGUCCUUAGAGAGCACAGCAGAGCAGCUCCGGCUACGCUCCAUAGACUUCCUCCAAGCCCACGACAUCGAGUUGCUCACGGAGAAGGAAGCUGUGGCAGUGGACGUCAAGACGAGGGCUGUGACUUUUCAAGACGACUCUAGGAUGGAAUACAGGAAGCUUUUCAUUGCCACAGGAAGCAAACCCAAGCUGAUGAACUACAAAGGCCAGGACGUUAGGAAUGUGUUUCACCUCCGAACCCCUGAAGAUGCUAACAGCGUAGCGAGGCUGGCCAACAACAAGAAUGCUGUGAUUGUGGGAACAUCAUUUGUUGGUAUGGAGGUGGCUGCUGCUCUCACCGACAAGGCCCACUCUGUCUCCAUCAUUGGGAUAGAAGCAAUCCCUUUCCGGAAAGCUCUGGGGGAGAAAGUAGGGAAAGCCAUAAUGAAGCUGUUUGAGACGAACAGGGUGAAGUUCUACAUGUUGAACGAGGUAUCGGAGAUGCUUGGCCAUGAUGGACAGUUGAAAGAGGUGGUUCUGAAGAGUGGGAAAGUACUAAGGGCGGACGUGUGUGUCAUUGGCACAGGGUCAGGCCCAGCCACUGGCUUCCUGAAACAGAGUGGAGUUCACAUGGAUUCCAAGGGUUUUGUCCCCGUCAACAAGACAAUGCAGACCAACGUUGAUGGUGUCUUUGCCGGAGGAGACAUUGUGACGUUUCCUUUUCCGGGGCGGAGCAAUAAGAAGGUGAACAUCCCACACUGGCAAAUGGCCCAUGUGCACGGGAGAGCAGCAGCACUUGGCAUGAUGGGAAGACCCACUGAGAUCAAAACAGUGCCCUAUUUCUGGUCGGCCAUGUUUGGGAAAAGCCUACGCUAUGCAGGUUACGGGGAUGGCUUUGAUGACGUCAUCAUCCAAGGAGACGUGGACGAGCUGAAGUUUGUGGCAUUUUAUACCAGGGGUGAGGAGGUGGUUGCCGUGGCCAGCAUGAACUAUGACCCCAUUGUUUCCCGUGUGGCAGAGGUCUUAAGGUCUGGAAAGAUGAUUAGAAAGCGAGAUGUGGAGACAGGGGACAUGUCUUGGUUGAUAGACAAAGGGUCGUAGUGAGCGAGCCUCCACAUCUCAGGCUCUCCGUGCAUCUGGGGUCUGUUGGACACUAACUAUGGACACUUGUGGUGCUGGUGAGAUGCUGUGCCAUACUGUAGACAUACAGCAGAAGACCCAUGUCUAGGACUGUUGGACACUAACUAUGGACACUUGUGGUGCUGGUGAGAUGCUGUGCCAUACUGUAGACAUACAGCAGAAGACCCAUGUCUAGGACUGUUGGAGUUGCUCCCCUGGAAUCGAGACAGACGGUUCUACAGUGAACCUCCACGGUGAUAGGCUGUACAUACAGUAUUCUUACCAAAAGCAUGAACCAUAUAUGGUGUUAACAUGCUCCAAUACCGUAAUGGAAGAUCUGUGUCCUAAUGCUACUUCACAGUGAAGCAAUCCUGGAUGCAGUCUCUGUGCUUCUGCAUUAUGUAUCUACCUGUACACUUUUUUAUAAGGGGCCAGAUAGGGGUAUUGAAUUGUUUUGUACAUUUUUUUGUAUAUAGUUAUAAUUCUCAAUACACUGUAAACAAAACAGUUUUAAAUGGUAGUUUUCUAAGGUUGAGAUGAAACUAAUCUGGUUAAGUAUGAUCAUGUGGGCUAAAACAGGCAAUGUACAGUAUAUCUGGUAGUUGAAAUAAUAGGAUUUCUAAUAGAUUGUUCAGCCCCAACUCAUAGAAGCAAAGACAUUGUUACCUAUAAAAGCCACAUAAAAACAAUGCUUAGAUUUGUCAGCUUUGCAUUUUGACCCUUAACUGCACAAUGUUUGCCUCAAAGCCAUGCAAACAGCCUGGUCUUAUAGACUAGACAUAACAUAGUACGUGUAAAUCUGGGAUAUUCAAAUUAGUAUGAUAUGUUAUGUACGUUAAGUAUAACGCGUUUAGCAUUUUAGCAACUUUACAAGUACUUACUACUUUUUAGCUACUUUGCAUGUUAGCUAACCCUUCCCCUAGCCCUAACCUUAACCACUUAACAUAACACCCAACCCUAACCUUAACCCUAGCUAACAUUAGACACCCAGCUAACAUUAACAUUGGCCACCUAGCCACCUAGCUAAUGUUAACAAUAACAAAUUGGAAUUCGUAACAUAUCAUGCAUUUUGAAAAAUGUGUAGCAUAUUGUACAAACUGCAAUUCGUAACAUAUUGCAUGAAUUGCAAUUCAUAACAUAUCAUACAAAUUGUAAUUUGACAUCCACAAAUUAAUACAUACCAUACGAAACGUAACAUAUCAUACUAAUUGGAGUGUCCCGGAUUUACAUGUACUAUGCUACGUCUACCCCUGAGUCCAGUGUGAUGCAACGUAUCAUAACAAGAUGAACUACAAAUAAUCCAUAGUUGUCUCUUUCCCCACCUGACGCAUAAAUGCACACACACACACACACACACACACACACACACACACACACACACACACACACACACACACACACACACACACACACACACACACACACACACACACACACACACACACACACACACACACACACACACACACACACACACACACACACGAAAUCCUCACAAGAUGCUCACAAAUCACUCCUUUAAGGAUGACAAUGUACCUCUAUUUAUUGGUGGCUCGUAGAUUGCAUAAAUGAGAAAUUGAAAUGUACUUUAAUCUAUGUUCAUGCUUGCGCAAUAGAAUAACAUGUCUGUGCUUUCUAAAAGGUAAAUGACUGUAAUUCUUUUAGAUAUGGUCAUGUCAUAUUUGCUGAAGGCUAUUUUUGGUAGUUGUCACCUAUGAAUGCUCUUUGUUACUAACUCAGGGAACUGAGGUUUGAGGCCUGGUCACAUUGGGAUUGGUCCCAUUGCAAACACAUUCAUUUGUUAUAUGUUAGUUCUCUGUAUUUGAAGAGGUCUUGUUUUCAGAACUUGUUUAUAAUUCCCUUAGAUGUGUAGAGGAGAAAGCAUUUCCAUUUCUAUUUUGGCAUGUUGAAGAUUCCAAAAUAUUUAAGCGCAGAGGUUUUAAAAACAUAUUCUUCAUACAGGGAAGAUUAGAAUGGUAUUUUUAUUAAUAGAAACUUUGAAAUAAAAGUCUUCAACUAUUUUUUUCUGUACUACUCUGCAUGUUUUGGAAUUAAAGCUACAUGUGCAGUGGGGUCCAUAAUUAUUGGCACCAGUUUUUAAUAAUCUAGCACCCUCUCCUUGCGAGGAUAAUGACUCUGAGCCUUUUUCUAAAAUGUUUUAUGAGAUUGGAGAACAUGUUUGGAGUGAGCUAAGACCAUUCCUCCAUACAUAAUCUUUCCAGAUCCUUGAUAUCCUUUGCCUGCGCUUAUGGACUGUCCUCUUCAAUUCAAAACACAGGUUUUCAAUGGGGUUCAAGUCCGGAGACUGAGAUAGCCAUUGCAAAAUGUUUAUUUUGUGGUCAAUUAACCAUUUAUUUCUGGAUUUUGAUUCGUGCUUGGAGUCAUUGUCUUGCUGGAAGAUCCACUUGGGGCCAAGUUUCAGCCUCCUGGCAGAAGCAACCAGGUUUUUGGCUAAAAUGCCCUGGUACUUGGUAGUUCAUGAUGCCGUUGAGUAGAACUGGGAAUUUCCAGAGACCUCGUGAUACGAUAUUAUAACAUUCCUUAGGUGCCGAUACCAUAUGUAUUGUGCUUCUCAAGAUUCUAUAUGUAUUGCGAUUAGAUACUCUGAUUUUAUUGCGAUUCGAUGUUCCAAUCAUAUCGCUCGCCAUCUGUCUGCUGAGUUUUGAUUAGUCAUAGAAAUAAAAGUGCUGAAAACAAAUUGUCUCCCUAUUUAAAAGAAGAUGGAGGACAAGCUAUGGAUGAAAAAUACUGGAGUUUUGGCAAAGGUACAACCAACAAGCGCAAAAAUAUUAUUGCAAUAUUUAAAAAACGAUAUGAGAGAGUAAUAGGAUACGGCAUGUGUCAAAAUUGAUUGAUUGCUGACCUUAUGACCUGAUGACAUGUACAGAA